ACCCUAGGGUACAGCUUCGAUAAUCAUGGUACCACAGCACGUACCCAAUGUCCUUGUUUCAAUUAUUAUGAUUCCAACAGUACCAAGAAAUAAAAUCAGAGAUUUUUUCCUCUUUAUGUCUGGAACAUUAUCAAAUCUAUUUCGAUUGAAAUCGAUCUCGCGGCCACCACUGAUGCGCGCCGCCUCACCUAUACGGCGUGAUCGUCCAUCGCGACAGUCUCCAAUAACCUGUUGAUUGGCAGUAUGGCCGAGCUGGGUUAUUGGAAUCGCACCGUCAUUAGCGUCGCCAUCGCGGGUAGUGUCAUCGCCACGGUGUUCUAUGUCCUGCGAUUGUAUAGCCGGAGAUUUACGAGCGGGAAGCUCGACGUCGGAGAUUUGUUCAUGGGAUUGGGGCUGCUCUCGACGUAUGGGUUUCUGGCAUGUGUGCUUAUCACGGUAUUCAACGGGUUGGGCAAGGAUGCACAAGACCUUCCCCAGUCGAGUAGUUCUCGAGCCACUUUUGCCUUCUGGCUCGAGCAGAAGUUCUGGGCGACAGGCCAGAUCCUGAUCAAGCUAUCGAUUAUCAUGCUCCUGCGCCAGACCCUGGGUACAAUAGCGCGCGUCCGCGCCAUCACCACAGUCCUAAUCGUCUAUACGUUAGCCUGGGGCGCUACGGCAAUCUUUGCGCACAUAUUCCAGUGCUGGCCCGUCGAACGCUAUUGGAAACGGCACAUCAAAGGACACUGUAUCCGCCAUCAAGUGGCGUUGUUUAUGUCCACCGCGGGGCUGUCACUGGGAGAGGAUGUGGCGUUGUUGCUGUUACCCUUGGUGGUUGUAUGGCGGUUGAAGCUGGUUCUGCAGCAGAAGAUACAACUGACACUUUUGUUUUCCGUGGGGACACUAGUCUGCGUUUUCAGCCUAAUGCGAUUAGUAGAGCUCAAACACUACGAUCCGACAAACUUCACUCGAAGCGGCUCCCUCGAAACCCUCUACACCACCCUCGAAAUCAACCUCGCCAUCAUCUGCGCCUCCGUCGUCCUCAUGCGCCCGCUCCUCCAUCGUUUCUUCAAGUGGUGCCCACUAUCGGAGCAGGUCCGACGCAAAGUCUGCACCUCGUCCACCAAAUCCUCAAACUUCAUGCAUUUCUUCCACAAGGAAUGGCCGUAUGCAGAUCAGAACUUUUCGCAGAAUAGCCACACCGAGAUACGGUCUGAGGUGUGUCGGGUCCCGUCGGCAGAAUGGGCAGGAUACCUUUUCCGUCGGCCUUCGCGAGAUAUUAUGGUUCAGACGUCAAUCGAUCAAGAUAUCCACAACAGGGAAGCGUUCCUUGCGGCCUUGGAGGGGUCUAAUUCACGGGAGGCUGGGAUAUCUAAUUUGCCUUCGUCGCGGUUGGAUUCGAUUGGGAGUACAGGAGAACACCGUUUCUCGUAGCAUUUUAUACUACAAAUAUGGACUAGGGAGAACUGUAUAAAUAGGUUGGGUUAUAGAAUCUCAACUACUUCUCUGCGUCACUUCAUCACUGGGUCGAUG